CUGUGUUCACAAACGCAACGGGCACGUAUUAAUGAACACGUUUUCGCCUCUUCGAAACGUUUAAGAAUGCGUUCCCUUCACCAGAACAGAGUUUCGAAUACACGCCUGGCCUAUAUUUGAAACACGUGCUUGUGUUUGGGAACUCUCUAAUAAAAGAGAGACGUUGUUCAUAUCUAAGCGCGGCAAGCCGAAAGGGUUGUAUCAACAAAUGUCAAAUGGUUUCGUAAGUGAUGUGUUUAAAAGAUGGACUUGGGAAGGACUACCUUGAGGGGGAGUGGCACCAACUUGCUGCAGAAUGCUAUUCAUUUUCGUCAUGGGUUGGUCUGGACGGAUGGAAAGGCAAUCUACCUGGCACCAGUUAGGUUAUUUGGAGACAAAAUUGAAAGUGCGAAAUCAAGCAAACUAGGAGAGUUUGACUAUGUUCACACCGUUCACUGGAGUGCUGAUAUUGAACGAGAUACCUGCUACCUGUGUGUGGUUCACCAGAGAAAUGUGUCGGUGUGGCGAGUUAGUGGAAAUGGUCCGAAGCUUGGAUUCAAACAAGUUCGCAAGAUCAAUGUUCAGCCCAUUCCUCAAGGCAUAUUAUGGAACCCUGGGAGAGAGAUCCUGUGUUUGUUGAGCCGGCAGCAGUGUAGUUUUUAUUUCAAUCACACUCAGAACAAGAGUAGUUAUGCAUUUCCACAACUUGAGAGUGGCAAGUUUUCAUGUGGCUCGUGGUCUGAAGAUGGAUCAAGGCUGGUGGUCUGUACAGGAACCAUUCUGUUGAUAUAUACCUGGUCUAACAUUGACACUUCAAUCAAUGAAUUCACACCAGCCGUGUGGAAAAUCCCACAAGUUGAUGGCAGUGUGAUAUCCCUGUGCCCUGUUUCAAGCGAUGUAAUGGUGUGUGCUACUGAGCUGCCCCUUGAGGCACUCUGUAAAGACCCAGAUACAUUUCUUGUGCCAGAUGUUGUGAGUUCAAGUAAGAACAAAACCUUGUUGAGAAGUGAAAGUGAUGUUAUUCAGCCGGUGUCCAAGAAGAGCUCAUCGGUCAAAGACAGUUUACUCAACUUGCCAACAAACCCUAAGGCCAUAUUGCAUGAUACAUCUCAGCUGAUAGCCAUGAAGUUUCGGGGAAAUCUUCAAGAUCCAGAGAAAAUUUCCUCUACCUCUAUCAGUGGGCUUCUCGCACCUGACAUACUGUCACAUGAGAAGAACAGUGACCUGAUAGUGUUGGGCAGCAAUACACAGUCUGUUUUACAACUCUUUGCCUUCACUGAGAACAAAGUAGUGAAGGUCUCCGAAAUUCAACUCGACAAAAACCAGAGGCCCAAAGGAAUGAGUCGUGUUCCAACCGUGUUUGCGAGGACCAACACUGGGGUACUCAUCAUGGUUGGAGAGAAAGAUGUCAAAGAUGCUGCUUUCCUGUCAGCUACCAACGAAUCUCAGUAUAACCUUUCACUGAUGUAUUUCCCUCUCAAAAUAGAUAAAUCUUUUCUAAGAAACAGUUAUUCAGGAAUACCUAGUGCUCAAAUUAAAGACUCGAUGCCCGUGAAAAGUUUAAGUGGAUCUCUCUUAUCCAAAAAUAAUAAUCAGCCUGCAGAGAUUAAAAUAACUGCCUCCCGUUCACUGACCAGAGACGAUGCACCAGGAACAAGAAUGGUGGUUGAUAUGAAUCCCACAUCUGAAAAAAAUGGACAUCUUGAGACAGAGACAACUCCGUUCACUAGUCAGCCUCCAAAUUUCAAGAACCCACACUUGGAUAAGUAUUCAGAAAAGACGGACAGGCAGUUUGAUGUUUCUGCUGGUGUGAAGAAAUCAGCCAAACCAACGGAGAAGGUGGAGCAGUUCGCCUCAAAGAGUGAUUCUAUGGAAGAUUCGCUGUCUGACCUGGGGGCAACUGUAGCAGUAUACUGAGUUCAUAGUAGUUGUGAAAACCUGGAGCAUCAGAUCAAAUCGCAGAAGCAGCAAAUAGAAGAGUUGCAGAAAAAGAUAUCUGAGCUUGCACAAGUUGUUGAAGAUACGUCUUGUGUUUUUCCAACAAAAUACCAAAGCCCAGAGAAUCCAGAAAAAGUGAAGAUUUGUUGCCAAUAUGUGAAUGGGAGCCAAAUGUCACGAUCAUUCUUAUUGGACAGUGGACGCCUUCAGCUGGAGCCAAUCAAACAGGCCUUUGGUCUGUCUACUGUAGAACUCAUUAUAGACGGAGAGCCGUGCGUGCUGGGCAUGAACAUUGAUGGUUACAUCCCAAUGAAGUUCAGCCCUUCGACCACCCUCAACAUCACCGGUUUGUCCACCGACAGUUACGGAACCUUGUUCAUCAAAGAAGAAGAUGUGUGAUCACCUUUACUGUGUUAUUUUGGGCAAUCAAAAAUGUUACUUUUAUCUAAAACAAAAAUGAACAAAAAAAUUAUGCAAGAUUAUUAAGUUUGACAGAUUUAAUCAUCCCAUUUGCAUUUUUAAAUAACACUAAUCAGCUUUAGAGCAUGUCAGGUCAGGUCAUAGGUUUUAAUGUGCACAUCUAGAACAAGCUGUUGUAGCCACACACCUGUCAUAGGCACAGGUGUCAACUUUCUCCGGCUCCUCCAUCCAGGACGAAGCAUGUCAGUAGAUAUCCACCUUUUGUAUAAAAUAUUUAUUUUAAGCAUAGCAAGGAUAACAAGUAUCUAAAAUGCAGAUACAUUUAUUUUUUUAACAAGUCAGAUCUACUGUAGAUGAAUUUUUGGUAGGAUGUAAAUCUUUAAAUAGCAGUCGCAAUGCUAAUCAUAAAGUCACCAUGUUUUAAAAUUGACGUACAUGUAGAAUAACUAAGCUCACAGUGUUAGAUUUUAACUUGCUAAUAGAUCAGUAUGGCUAACAUUUAAUGGUUUAUAGUAAUUGCCAGGAAAAGAGUAUUUUAUGACUUGGAUGGGCUUUCAUAAUAUAUAUACACCUCUUGUAAAGUUGAUGCCAGUAUUACAAAUAUUACAUAGUAACUGACCAGAACAUAUCUUCUUAUUACAUAAUACAUGUAUAUGAAUCGGAUAAAAUAUCUGGUUCGGGCAAAGUCAAAUAAUUUUUUUAUCAGAUUAAUACUCAUUAUUUAAUCUACAAAUGAAAAAACAUGACUUGCUGUAUUUAACGAAAAAUGUCUAUGCAUUUACCAAAAUAUUUAUAAAAUAUAUUUGUAAUAUGUGGAAUAAACAUAUUUGUUGAAUUAUUUUGGGUAACCAUGUAAUAUUUUGACUGCUGAAUAAUAACAUGAAUUACAGUAUUUUGUUUAUGCAUAACAUAUAAUACCAUUACAGAAUGUUUUUUCUUGGUUGUGUUCAAAUCUUAAUUCACCUUCACAUACCACUGAGUGUUCAUUUAGUAUAUAGAACUUGUGAAUAUAAUUAUGUUGUACAUACUGGUACAUUUCUACUAUUUUCUUUGUUACUUGAUACUUUAAUUUUUGGAUUUGUUACAAGAGAUUCAAAGAUGUGUGCAAGAACAUCUGAUGUGUGUGGCAACAACCUACCUUUCUUAACACAAUACUAAUUAUUUGGACCAUUUUGAAAAAAUAUAUAUACAAAUGUAUAUUGUAAAGCAUGAAAUUAAGACAAGUAUAAAAUGUGAGAGUAAAACCCACCCAGAAAUGUGUUUAUUAAUUAAUGCGAGUACUGUUAACCAACACAUGAUAUGAUAAUAUUGUGUGAUCAUAACAGCUAAAAACCAUACAUUUUAUCAUAUCAUUAAGAACGAAUGAAACGAGUAGAGUACAAUAUUUAACAUGUACAUAUCUUUUGUUUGUUUGUUACAUGUAGGUAUUAACGUGCAUAUAUCCUGAGGGUUCAAACACACCUACUGUGGGCACAGCCUUUGAUGAUUAAAAUCAGCGAUUGUUCCCAUCGUAAGAGGGGGAGAGGAAGGGGAAAUGACGUAUCUUUUAGAUGUGAGAUUUACAGAAACUAAGCAUGGUUAGGGUGCAUGCUCUUCGUUCCAGUUGGAUGCAUAGGAGAGCUUCAAAACAUGGAUUAGUUUGGGAUGGUGAUUAUAAAAUCAUGAUAAAACAACUGGUGUGGGAUGUACAUGUAAGAAACGAACCUUCCUUGGUGGUGCAGUCUUUACGCCAUUUGACUACAGGCUGGUAGGUACAGGUUUCGCAGCCUGGUACCGGCUUCAACCCAGAGCGAGUUCUUAAGGGCUCAUUGGGUAGGUGUAAAGCCACUACACCCUCUUUUCUUUCACUAACCACUAACCAA